AUGACAGCCACUACUACUGAAACUAUCACUGCAGCAACAUCAGACCUCACCUACAUUCCUCGAGGCCCAGCAACUGCUGGACUCACUUUCUACGCACCUCCUCCAGAUAACGCUGCCCCGUAUAACUAUGUUGAACCCCAGCCAUCAGGCCAACUGCAGCGAAAUUAUCUGGAGAAUGAACAGAAAGUCACAAUAACCGACAUUCGCAAUGCCGAAAGCGCAUUCACCUUGAAUAAAGACGCUUUCCAAACCUUCCAGAAGAUACCAACAUCAACAAACUACCAGACCUUCAACUCGGAGACAUCCAUCCGAGAAAUAUACUACCCAGAGGUCGAAUCUCUCCUGCUCUCAAGUAUACCAGGAGCGCACAAAGUUGUUCUCUUCGACCACACCAUCCGCCGUCAGAAGGAUGGUGCACCCCGUCAACCUGUGACACGAGUCCACGUCGACCAGACCCGCCGAGCAGCUGCAGACCGUGUCAGACUCCAUAUCCAAGAUCCCGAAGAGGCAGAAAAGCUACUGAAAGAACGCUAUCGCAUCGUCAACGUCUGGCGCUCACUCACAGAUGAGCCCGUGCAAUCCGCACCACUGGCGUUUGCCUCGGCGACUUCUGUAAAUCCUGAUGAUCUGGUCCCCGUUCAACACCGUUAUCCGAAUCGGGUCGGAGAGACUCUCGGGGUGAAGUUCAAUCAGGGCCAAAAGUGGUACUACUGGUCUGGUAUGACACCCGACGAGCGCUUAUUGCUCAAAUGCUCUGAUUCAGCGGUGGCUUUGGAUUUAAGCCCCGGAAUUGGAGAGUCGGUACCUCAUACAGCCUUUUGGGAUCAGAGGACGCCCGUUGGGGCGAGGGGAAGGGAGAGCAUUGAAGUCAGGGCUUUGGUGUUUGGUUGA